CUGUCAAUCCGCCAUUUUGAUUUGUGAUCGGCUUGUCAAGUGUCAACAUACGCUUUUCAUAAAAAAUCGUUUUUAUCCCUUUAAAACGGUUUAAAAUCGAUUACUUGAAACUUAAAUCGACUUAGAAUUCUUUUCAGGGUGUAAAGAAGAAAGAAUAAAUGGGUUCAUCUAGGCAUCGUGAUAGAAGUCGCGGUCGCGAUAAAGACCGUGAUAAAGACCGCGAUAAAGAUCGUGAUAGAGACCGUGAUCGAAGGGAUAGAAAAAGGAGUCGUGAUCGAGACCGUGAUCGUUCACAUCGUGAUAGGGAUAGAGAUCGCGAAAGGGACCGUGAUAGACGUGAAAGAGAACGCGAAAGAAGGAGUCGUAGUCGAAGCCGAGGUGGUGGAGGCGGUGAAGGAGGAAGUGGGGUUGUUAUUCCAGGGGGGAGUGUUAUUAACAACAUUGGUCUUGCUGGUAUUGGAAUUCCUGUAAGUGUCGCGCUUGAAAAGCAUCUUCCACUUAAAGAAAAGACUCCUGAGCAAGAUGGAGAAAAGUUAUUGGCUGAAACGUUGGCUACUUUGGCGAAUUUUGCUGCAACUAGGCAAUAUACAACUUUUAACACUACAAUACAUAAAAUUGAGCAUGAGGAUGCUCAUGAUAAUUCCGGUAUGGGAAGUGAUGAUUUGCGAUCUAAAAAAAGGAGAUCUCGUUGGGGUGGAAGUGAACAUGAUAAAAUAUUUAUUCCUGGGAUGCCAACAAUUUUGCCUCAAAAUCUUAAUAAAGAUCAGGAACAAGCAUAUUUACUUCAACUCCAAAUUGAAGAGGUGAGCCGCAAACUGCGAUCUGGGGACCUUGGAAUUCCGCCCAAUCCUGAAGAAAGAUCACCAUCUCCGGAGCCCAUCUACAGCAGCGAUGGUAAACGUUUAAAUACGCGCGAAUUUCGCACCCGGAGAAAAUUAGAGGAAGAUCGGCACGCUUUAGUUUUGAAAAUGCAAAAUAUUAAUCCCGAAUUUAAACCCCCCGUUGAUUACAAACCUCCUGUUAUCCGCGUGAGCGAUAAGGUUAUGAUUCCACAAGAAGAACAUCCCGAGAUUAAUUUUGUAGGGUUAUUAAUUGGCCCAAGAGGAAACACUUUAAAAACAAUGGAAAAAGAAACGGGAGCUAAAAUAAUUAUCCGUGGAAAAGGGAGCGUUAAAGAAGGAAAGGUUGGGAGGAAAGAUGGGCAACCUCUUCCUGGUGAAGAUGAACCUCUACAUGCUUAUAUAACAGCAACGAAUCCUGAGUGUGUUAAAAAAGCCGUUGAGAGAAUUAAAGAAGUUAUAAGACAAGGAGUUGAAGUCCCAGAGAAUCAAAACGAUUUACGUCGCAUGCAACUACGCGAAUUGGCUCAAUUAAACGGGACUUUGCGUGAAAACGAUGGUUUGAGAUGUAACAAUUGUGGCGCAACCGAUCAUAAAUCAUGGCUGUGCCCUGAUAAACCGAAUGUAACCAACAACAUAGUCUGUUCGAGUUGUGGGGCUGCAGGGCACAUCGCCCGAGAUUGUCGCCAAAAACGUCCUGGUUUGGGCGGUCCUGCAAUGAUGGGUGACAAAGCUAAAAUCGAUGAGGAAUACAUGUCUUUAAUGGCGGAGUUGGGUGAAGGUCCCCCACCGGAAUUUUUAAAAGGAAAUGGGGCUCCCAAUAAUACUAAUCAACGCAAACCGGGUAUAAACAUGUUUGAUCCGCAAGUCGCGCCUCGUCCUUUGAUGCCACCACCAAUGGCGAAUGCGAUGAUGCCGAAUAUGCCUAAUGGAGGCAUGGGGGGGAUGCCCCCACCGCCAUGGGCAGGUGGAAUGCCUUGGCAACCUGGUCCACCGGGGAUAAUGCCACCACCUCCACCUCCGGGAGCUUCAAGUCCCCCGCAAAUGAUGCCUUGGAUGGCAAAUAAUCAACCACCUCCUCCAGGAGCUGGUGCAAACACUUUACCACCACCACCUGGUAUGGGAAGUAUGCAACCACCGUGGCAAACACCGUUCCAAUGGCCCCCUAAUAAUUGUACUCCGCCGCCACCACCCGGAAUUGAUAUGACCAGUUUGUUGACGGCUCCCCCGCCGCCACCUCCAACUUCUACAUAAAUUACAUAAACUAAAAAUAGAUAUUAAUUUGGAGGGAAUUCAAAGAAAAUGUUAAAAAAUUAAUAAAAGGAUAAGAUGAAUUAAAAUUUCUUCUUUGUUAAUGUGAAUUAAUUAAUAUUUCUGUGUAGGGAUUUAGUAGAAGUGAAUUAUUUUAUUGUAAUAAUGAUAUAAACAAAGAUAUGUUGAAAAACUUUUGUAGAAUUUGAUGAUUAAAUAAAAGAUAUAACCUCUU